UCGUCAGUUAAUUCCGGGGUGAUAUCGCGAUCGUUUCGCAAAAGUUCCGUCGAACUUUCGAACUCGAAAUUUCGUGGGGUCUCUUGUAUCUCGGUCCCUGAAAUCUUACGACCGUUUUGAAUUUUUGAGCACCAGAAAUAAUUGGGUGUGAUUGGCACGAUGCAUCAAAACAAGCGCCCAGACGUGGCAGACCUCUGACAAUUAUCUACUUUGGAUGUUUUAUUAUAUUUUCUCGCAUUUGUUAAAGAACCGAGCAAAAAUGGGCGAAGAAGUGCACAGGAUCGACAACAAUACGCUUAACGAAGUACUAAAUAGAAGCAACGAAGUAGAUCCGAAACUUUACGACAGAUAUCUAACGAACCAAGCCAUUGAUGAGCCGGCGUAUACAACUCUCAUAGUCAUGUAUUGUUUCCUUAUUGUGAUGGGAGCCUUGGGAAACACACUUGUCAUUAUUUCCGUCGUGAGGAAACCUGCGAUGCGCACACCGAGGAAUAUGUUUAUAGUCAAUUUAGCGGUGGCAGAUCUGUUGCUAUGCACCGUCACGAUGCCUUUAACCCUGAUGGAAAUCCUGACGAAAUAUUUCCCGUUGGGAAAUAACCUUUUCGUUUGCAAAAUCAUCGGCAUUUUGCAGGCCACCAGCACUUACGUUUCGACCAUUUCCAUUACCGCCAUCGCCUUGGACAGAUACCAGGUGAUAGUCUAUCCGACGAAAGAAAACUUGCAGCUGUUUGGAGCUGCCUUGAUACUACUCCUUAUAUGGAUAGUGGCCCUUUUGUUGGCUAUGCCGCUUUUCAUCAUCAGACAUCUGAAACACCACGAGAUCCAGAUAUCCGGGAAUGACCAGCUCAGCUUGGAUUUCUGCAUAGAAAAUUGGCCCAUCGAACACGGUCGUGCUUAUUACUCGAUCUUUUCGUUGAUUUUUCAGUACACCCUGCCAAUUAUCAUCGUAACGGCAGCGUACGUGAGGAUAUCGUACAAGUUGCGUUAUCGAUUCGCAGCGGGAUUCGUAAGUACUGAGGAUUCGCUUCAGAAAAGUAGGAGACAGUUGCGCGGACGCAGGCUCCAAAGAACCAAUAUUCUUUUGGGUUCCAUUGCGAUUAUAUUCUGCAUAAGCUGGUUACCGCUAAAUCUGUUCAAUUUGAUCGCAGACCUGCUCGCGGAUUCCAAGAGUUUCACUACGCAACCGAUGAUGGUUUGUUACGCGAUAUGCCACAUGAUGGGCAUGUCUUCGGCGUGUUCGAAUCCGAUCCUGUACGGCUGCCUCAACGAAAACUUCUGGAAAGAAUUCAAGGACAUUUUAUGCAUCGAAACGAGAACGGACAACGACAACGUCGCUGGAAAUUUUCAGCGCAUGUCGGUGCGAAAAAAAUCGCACAGGACGAGACCAGACCUGCCGACCGCGGCCACCGACUACCAACCUUGUAACACAGUAAGCACCGACAUGACAGUGUUGACAAAAUGCUAGCUGUUAAGGAACAUCGCGGCUCGCAACCAUUGUGCCGCUGUAAAUAGGAAUAACGUUAUUAUUAAUUCGAUUGUUUAAAAACUGAUGGGUGGUGCCAAGAAGUUUGUACAAAAAUUUGCGACUGUGGUACUCUAGCUUUAACGUCCGGCAACAGAUACACGCGAGUGGGUUGUGCUGGUGAACAAGAACUAUUUUGCGAGUGCAAGCGUUAGAUGUAAAUACGGCAAUUGCAUACGUUUUUAAUGACUGUAACAUAAUCCGACGAAGUUAGAAGUUCCUUGGAGCAAAACACAUACCAUUAUGGUCCAUUAAUCGAUCGUAUACUAGAUCAUUGAUGCUAAUCCAAUCGAUUCUCAAAUUUCCUUGCACUGGACGCCGCGAUAGCUUGUAUUAGAUAUGCGGUAUAUCCCCACCACUGGGACACUGUGCAGUUUAGAAGUGUCAUUGUAACUCGUUAAUUUAUCUACUUCCGUGUACUACCAACUCUUACAAUUUUUGCACAUACUUCUUCUUCUUCUUCAUCUACUUCCACCCCAUUUAUAAGGCUACUUGAACUUUAGCAGCUGCUUCUUAGAAUAAUUCCCCCUGAUGUUUUUUUUUCAGAUCAUAUUCUUAACUGCAUCAUGAAUCUCUUGAUCCAGGGCCCCUAUUGUUCCUAAAUUUGCUUUGAAUUAUCAGUUGUAAAGUACUCAAGUUAUCAUUUUUCGAUGGUAUGCAGAAGUUCUCUUUGCAACAUGUGCGACAUGCGUCGAUAGGUCCGUAGCUCAAAGGCGCUGAAGAACACUCCUUUUGAGUGUGAUGUUGGAGCUACGACUACAAACAACAUUCAACUUCUUAAACCAUUCCUGGCUGUUCAAUGCUAUAUCUCUUCAUUUCGAACUCUUAUUGAUGUUUGAAUAUACAGUUUCGUUUAAUUUUUAUAUAUUUUGUUUAUUGGAUGAUUAAUUCUAGAUCAUAUACCUAGCUUGCUAGUUAAUUAUGAUUAAUCAAUUAAGCAGAUCUUCUAGGGGUUUUGCCAAUAGCGUUCACCCUAUGUUAUUGAUGAAGAUUCCGUUGAUAUUAAUCUACAAUUGAUUGAUUAAUAAUUGGUGCUCUCCAAAGCCUGGUUAAGCGUCUGUAAGUCUGUAAAUCUGCUGCGUCUAGCGUCUAUUUGCUGUUUGGUCCCAAUAAAAAAUUGUUAUUAUAUUCCCCGUGAUGAGUUUAGUAUUUACGUCAUUUCACGUUUUCGAUAUAUUCUGCAAUGUAUUAUUGAGAAUCAAUUUUGGGGACUUACUUACUUACUUACCGUUGCAAUAACAGUGUUCUACAUUUCGAAUAAUCUGCUAAGAUGGUGGUGUGUUCGUCAUCGUAUUAGCUUAGCUCGAUUGGAAUAUCAUCGGAUCUGAUACUGUUUCUUUUGUUUUACUUUUUUUAGUUGCAUGUGCAACUUCAGUUUUGGUGAUUAGAGAGGCCGCCUGACUAUUAUUUUCAUUUUUAUUUGGAAUUAUUGCAUGAUCUUUAAGUAAGAGUUUUUCAAUGAGAAAGAGGACAUUCUAAAGUGCGCUAAAAAUUGGAACAAUAGAAUACGCGCUGCUAUGUUAUUUAGACUUUGUCACAUCCGUUUUUGGAAUUAGACAAGAAUGGUGGGUGGUUCUCCAUUGGGUUUCGACUUCGUCGCUGUAAAGGUGUCAAGUCAAGAUUUUAUAAACGUUGUUAAGUCUUAAAGUCGACUCCGUGUUCCAAGUAAAACCAUUUUUCAAUUAUCUGUAUAAAAAUUUGGGUACGUGUGAUCGAUUUUAAAAUUUGUCUAAACUUAAGCUAUUUCGAGUAUUGUGUAUAUUAUGAUGGUGCGCUGUUUAUAUUUUAUUGGGAUCG